AUGAAUCGCUGGUUUCGGGUGCUCCUUCACGUCGUGCUUCCGAUUCUGCUGCUCACAGCGGCGGUGCUGCGGAUCAACGCAAUCUCGUUGCUCUACCUCAUUGGCUUUUUCGCUCUCGUGCUUGUGACGCCGAGUCGCCGGCAGCGUCGCGACCAGUCCCAGUCCCAGUCGCAGUACCAGGCCCAGUCGCAAGCCCAGAGCCAAAGUCAGACUGCCAGCGAUGCAAGUGCUCGAGGCUCGGAUGCACGGGCGCGCACGACCCAACGCGAUGCCAUCUGGGAGGAGGACAACGAGGACGAUCGCACUGACGCCCCGGCCGUGUCGCUCCGUCGACCGCUGCUCGCACGCGGCAGUGCAUCAAGCUCGUCGCACCCAAUGUCCAACGUUGCGACUUUCGAGCGAGGUCGCCGAGCGGGACCGGGUCACGCCUCCCGAGCAACCGAUGUCGCCAUCCUUCAAGAUCUCGCCGUGCUGUCAACAGCAGUAUGCAUCGCACAGGCCAUCUUUCAGAUUGUCAUUGCGGCAGACACACCGUACGGAUCGUCUGUGAGUGGCUCGACUGCGAAAACGUUGGCCUAUCUUGGCCUUCCUGUGCUGGACUCGGAUCCCGGUUCCAUUGUGCGACUCAUUGCCCCAGACAUUGUCAUUGCCAUCUUCACUCUGAGUUUGAGGGGCUGGCAAGCGCGCCAGCUCCGCAUCAAGCGAACGGCCACAGCAACUCCGUCAUCGGCAUCGGCAGCGCGCGCGGAGCGACCAGUGUCGCAGUACUCUGUCGCAUCCUCGCGAGGCGCACGAUUUAGUGGCAGCACUGCCCUGAAUAGUGCAUCCGUGUCUCGCAACGCAUCCACCUUAACAAGGCAAGGGACACUGGCGCGGCAGACAAAAGUCGCAAAGCACAGUCUCGCCGCGACGCUGGGCAGCACGUUUUGGGAUGUGCUGAUGUUUAUCUCGCUGUUCCUGGCGGCAGUUGCUUCACCAUCGCUGCUGGCUGCGCCGUUCCUUCUCCUCGUGUUGUUUGGCGCCUGUUGGUACGGCCUGGCGAGUCUGCAUGUUCGCGCCCCGGACGCGGCGGCACCCCGCCCGUUCAAGUCUGCCAGCUUGGAGGCCAUCCCUCCAGCGUGGCAAGUGUGGCUCCAGAACAGAUUCCCAUCGUGGACAAAGUCACGGUUGACGAUUGUGGGAGGCCGACUGUUGGCCGGGUAUGUGGCGUUUUACACCCUGCUGACGUACCUCUACCAGUUCCAGUUCUUCCAAAACGGCAGUGACGCGCAAACGGUGCAGUGGGUGGGCUUGUACCCCGUGGUGAACACGACCUCUGACUAUUCCGUCCCGCAAAUGACGCUCGGAUCCAUCGACUGGUGGUGCUACAUUGAGUUGGUCGCCUUGAUUGCUCUCUACACCACCACCUGCUGUCGCGUCGUUGUCGAAAUGCUCGUCCCGACGGUACCGACUCGAGCCCGACCCGUGUCGACGCUUUUCGGUCGCAUGCCUGCUCGAAUGGCUGCCAUCCGCCUGCCUUCCAUCACAAGUGCGCCAAAGCUUUCGCUCGGCGAGUUUCUGCGUUCUUUGGUUCAGAUGCAAGCCUAUCUGGGGACGUUGAUUCUCAUGCUGUCAUGGGCGGUGGCAUAUCCGAGCUGGCAUGGGUUUGUUCUGCUUGUCUGGUGCUUUCUUGGCUUUCUUUUUCCACGGCAGUUCCUCUUGCGGUCAUUGCCCCUGCUCGUCUUGUACACUGUCGAGAUGGUCAUCCUCGAGUAUCUCAUUGACAUUCCGUCUUUUCCGAACAUGGACGUUGGGUUUUCGGCCAGCAGCAUUCCGUGCCUGAACCUUGGGUUCAAAUUGAUGGCAUGCUGCAUCAUUGCUCUGAACUGUCGGUACCGCAAUUUGCCGCUGGAGGAUGACGGCGGCCUGCUUAUUCGACUCCGUCCAUGGUGGCAGCGCGUGAGCCUGCGACGCGCGCGCUUCAUCCAGGCGUUGCAAGCCCAACAGCAGCAGCAGCAGCAGCCGCCGCCCACGCCCUCCAGCACGGGGCAGUCUCCUUUUGCAGCGCCUUUCCUGGCAGAACCGCUGGACGGUCAUGCUCACUUGGUGGUCGGGCGUUCUGGAAAGAACAGAAUCAGUGCCAUUGUCGAGACAGAUUCGGCCGCACCGAAAUCGCCAUCUCCGACUCCCGUCACCGCGAAAGACUCGACCAAUCCCGUUCCAACGCCCUCACGACUGGAGCGCGUUCGGGUCGUGCUCGGGAAACUGAUCAUCGCCGUGUACAGCUGGGUUUUGUCGUAUGCCUACCAGUUUGCGCUCAUUGGCAUUUUUGUGGCAGCGCUGCAGCUGAUUACACUGUUUAAUGCAGUGUAUCUGCUUGUAUUUGUCCUUUUCUGGUCCUUCCCGCAAGCGGCUGCCAGAUUUUGGGUUUCCCUCGUGCUCUACUCUCAGGCAAUCAUUGUCGCUUGCUACGUUGCGCACUUUUCGUUUGCGGACAGCGUGUCUCCGUCCACCGCUCAGCUUAUUGGAUUGCGCAGAGACGGCAAUCAGUCCUUGCCCGAAACGCUGAAAUGGAAUUUGGUCAUUCUGCUGUUUUCGACCAUUCAGCUCUACGCCUAUCGCUUUGUGGAUCAUCUCAUCGAAGAAAAGCAGGGCCUUGCACAGCUUCAACAAGACCAUCCUGCUGCCUUCGAGUCUGCCGCACCAGGGUUGUCCAAAAUCUCUGCCACGACGGACGGGGUCACGCCUGCCGACCCAGCGAACGCUGUCGCUGCGUUGCCAUCUGCCACAUCCGACCCCGUUGCAAAAUCGGCUUGGUCUGUUGCCCGUUGCGCCAAGCUGCUGACCUGCGUAUUUGAGGACAAUUGGAUUUACGUCUCCUAUGUGCUCAUGUUGGUUGUCAGCUUGUCGGGAACGCCAAGCUUUUUGCGCAUCUCGUACUUGGUCUUGUUUUCCAUUUACUUGUGCAUUUACGAAUGGUUUGCGGUGCGUCGCAAGUUUACCCUCCAGAUCCAAGACAGUGACCACGCGUGCUGCGACCCACACUUGCAAUCCAUUUCGCCAAUCGUCAUUCCUCUCCGCAACGCCUUCCGCGUGGCGCAGGUCUGCACCGGCCUGGUUCUCGUUUUCAUGUACCUGUACCAGUUUAAUGACAUUGCGUCGCGAUGGCAGUCACAGCUCGGAGACUCGUACGUUGCUGCGAUCGGACUGGAGCAGCAUUCAGGUACCAACCUCUUUGUGUACUUCCUGGGACCGGUGGCAGUCUUCCUCGCCACCGUCCUGCAAACGCGCUUGUUUGAAUCACAGCUUCGCGUGCAUUCAGAAGUCCAGCUUCUCCGAGACGGCUUGCGGAACGGCCAGAGUUACUCACGAACGUACUCCCGCGAGUUUUUCGACAUCCAUGAGAGCACCAGCGUGUACGAGCCCUUAGUCGACGACUCUAUCGAGGAUUUGCGGGCGCGGCAUGCUUGGCGCCUCGAGUCCCCGACCUCCUUCCAGACACCAUGGAUGGCCUAUCUGAUUCACAUUGUCGCGCUUGGGAAGAGCUCAGCCAAGUCGCGCGAAACGCUGUGGCCUGCGGCGAUUGCGCGCUUGUAUAAGCGCACGUUGGUGUUGAUUACUCCGCGUGCUGUGCAAAUCACGCUCUUUGUGGCCGCAAUUUCUCGCGUGGACGCCUUUGCCGUUGUCACGAUGCUGCUCCUGCAACUGCAGGUGGCGUCGCGUAAGCUCCGCUCGGUCAGCAUGUUUGUCACGACAGUCUGGUGCCAAGUCGUCCUGAUUGCGUCUCUCAUCAUCAACACGGGUAUCUUCAAGGACUCGGACAUUUGCUUUUCCGGCGACUGUCCGUCCAGCGAAAUCAACGGCACGGCCACCAACGUUACGGACGCAUCCAACGACGCCCGGUGGCUCGGGCUCGUCCAGGACGACGACAUUAGCGUCCACCUGCUGGGUUACAUUUUCUCUCUGCUCUUGAUCGCUCUGAGCGGCGCCGCUUCCCGCUGGAAUGUGGAAAUGCACGAAGAAGAGCGAACCAGUCGCGGCAUCUCCAACAUUCGCAGCUUGUACGAAACUCCGCCGGCCUUUGUGGCCUCCAAGCUCAAGACAGUUGCCGAGGGCACGCAGCUUCAAAUGGACGCCGAGUGCGCGCUUCCGCAGUUUUUGGAUGCGGAAUGUGCCGCUCGCCGUCUGCCUUCCCGCUCUGGCGCACCCACUCCCCUGUCCACUCGAAUGCGCUUGCUCUCCAUCCUAAACCGGCUUCCGUUUUAUCUGACCUACGACCUGUCCGUGGGCCUGUGCGUCAUUGCCGCGUUCAUUCGCCUCAACGUCGUCUCGCUCGUCUACAUGCUCUUUGUGGUGAUCUUUCUGGCCGCCAAGGUGGAAACAGUCUCGCGGCGGGUGUGGAAGCCCUUCAUCUUCCUGAUGGCCCUUGUCCUGUGGCUUGAGUUUUUGACGGUCGUUGGUUGGAUGCCAUCCUUGCACUACGUCUUCCCAUGGCAACACUACACGCAAGCCUGGCAACAAGCGGCGGUCCACUGGUUGUAUCUGCCUCCAGAUCAAGACGUCUACCCACUGAUAGUCGACUUUGUUGUGCUGCUGGUGGCAAGCAUCCAGCUCCAGAUUUUCAGGACAGCGCGGUCGACUCAGUCUGCGACGGCUCGAGUCGAUUCAAGUCUAGCUGAGGCACUUGAUGACAAAGGCUUGCUUUCACGAUUCGCCAUGUUUGUCGUUGCACACUUCUUCUGGGUGGUGGUGACCUUCACUUUCAUCACGGGCAUCUCGUCAAAGGACUUGCUGCACCUCGGAUACAUUGUUGGCUCGUUCUACUUUUUCAGUGUGGGCGAUCGCGUGUUUGCGGGCGACGACCGCAUCCGCACGCGCAACUGGAACUUGUUGAUUGCCUACAACGUGUUUGUCAUGACGGCUCGCUUGCUGUUCCAGCUGCCGUCCUGCAUCAUUGACUUUUCGUCCAUUACGUCGACGGCAGAUGACGCCCUGUCUGUCAUUGGCUUCCGGCAUGGAUUUGCCGUCGACUCGUCAGGCUCCGACUCGUUUGGCUGCGCAUCCAACGCAGACAACGUUUGGACGCCAUCUGGCGCCGUGUUUGAAAUCGUCCUGUUCUUCUUGCUGCUCGCACAACGCCGCUUGUUUGAUUCGACCUUCACCCAAGCUAUCGUGCAAGAGCGCUCGCAAUCGACAGAGAAGGCUCUCAAGCACGCCAUCACCCUGACGCUCCGGCUUCAAGCGGCGCUCGAGAAGGAGCGCGCAGACGAGAUGGCGGCGCCAAUCCGCACUCGCAAGCGUAUCGCACAUCUCGCUCGCAAGCGCAUUGACGCGAUUGAACGGGGCGAGCAGACGGGGCACAUGCUGUUUGCCACUCCUGCAGACAUGUAUGCGGACGAGCACGAGCUCCAUCAGUCGCAAACCUUUUCCCGACCGCCGGGAGCCAGUGCUGCGUCGGCUUCGGCCGCCGUUCCCGGCACGCCGCCGCGUUCUGCGUCCUUCCUGCAGGGCGAUGGUGCCACAUCCACAAGUCCAAGCACACCAUCAUCGCAGCAGCAGCAGCGCCGCACUCCCCGACCACUCCAGAUUCAGGGUGGUAGCUUGCGGGACACUACCCUUCUUCGUCAAGCGUACGACACGUCUGCAGCAUCCACCGCUGGCGCCGAAACAGGAUCGUUGGCUGGCCAUGAAAGCGACGCGUCGCAUGCUCGCAACCCUCGUCGGUUGACCUCGAGCGCUUCAAUUCUCUCUGAAUCUGCCAUAUCGAUGCAACGCGUCCGCGAGAUUGCCUCCAUCCCUGCCGAUCUAAAUGAGAGUGUCGUUCAGAUGCGCGCGCGCAGCGCCUCCAGCGCGACUGCCUUGAGCCGCACCUCGGCCGCAACGUCGUCGUCCUCGUCGACUGCCUCAACCAUCAGGUCUUGGUUGAAUGUCGAGCGCAUCAUCGAGCUGCUGCAACGUUUGUCUCUGCGCCUCGAUGUGGACGAAGAUCAAUAUCCAGACGGUCUCGUCGUCGCGGCAGCCUCCAAAGCGCCGAGCGACGAAGCUCAACGUGGUCACUUGCUUCUGGAAUACAAUACCCCGCAGUCCCCGAAGAGUGCUGCCAUCCCCGCAUUUUCGCACGCCACAGUCCCAUCAAUCCGCUCGAUUGAAAAGCCCGAUGACGCACAAAGUGACACGGCACCUAGCAACCGGCCUGCUCGCGAGGAUGGCGCAGCAGCAGCUGCCGCUGCACCGGUUGCGUCGCAAGCGGUUCGCUUCUGGAGGGCGCUGUAUCUUGCUUUCAUUGCUCAGUCCAACAUUGUGUGCUUUACAAUGAUGGUCCAGGACUUUUUGGUCAACGAAAACGUGCUGUCACUCGUGUACCCGAUUGCCAUCUUUUUGGUGCUGCCGCUCUAUCGACCACGCGCCCCGCCAAUCUUUUGGAAGUUUUUGAUCUACUACACCGAGUUUAUGAUUUUGAUCAAGUUCUUGUUCCAAUUCGACGCAUGGUCGUUCAACCUGACAACGGAUGUAUCGAGCGCAGUCUACAUCAUUGGCAUUGAUCGCUCCACCUCAAACUACUAUGCCGCUGAGCUGUCGGCCGAUCUGCUGGUGCUGUUGGCGCUCUUGUUACAUCGCGGCAACUUGCAGCUGACCGGCUUUUGGGCGACUCAGCAAACCUUCCGCGAGUAUCUUGCUUUGUACGGCGCAUCCUCGCAAAUCGAUCCUCGGCUCUUCCAAGGGGACCCCAACGCCACAAGCCAGGCAAGCCAUGCCACACUGGAUGCAGGCACUCACACUGACUAUGACGAGGGCGAUGAUGACGAUGAUGAUGAUGAUGAUGAUGACGACGACGACGACGACGAAGACUCUGAGCAUCUCAACGAGUCAAGCAUGCUGGAAGACGGUAGCUAUGGCGACCAGGAACAGCAAAGCCUCGAAGCCGACGAGGAGCUUGGCCACAUGGACGAAAGCGAUGAGGCUGACGCAUCUGGCCAAGCAACAAUGAUGGACGGCAAUGAUGCACAGGACAAGAUCAGCCGUCGGCCGCGGUGGACCGACCCAAUCGUGGCAUUCUGGACGGCUGCGUUCGACACGCAGUUCCUCCCCUCCAGGGACUUUUAUGCACCCAUGAUUGCGUUUGACGUCAUUGCCUUUAUUCUGAUGGUGUUCGGCUGGUCGGCCUUCGCGCCAGACGACAACACCUUCUCGUACUACCUGUCCACAAACCAGGUUCCGCUCACGUUUGUUCUCGUGCUCAUCCUGCAGUUUGUGCUCAUCAUUGUGGACCGUGUCAUCUACUUGCACCACUCCAUUCGAGCCAAGCUGGUUCUCCAGUGGAUUGUCGUCCUGACCGUCCAUGUUGUCAUUUUCUUUGCGCUCCCAAUUGCCGUCACCCACCGAGCUGCAUCCACGUCGUCCAUCCUGAUGGCGUGGUACUUUUUCAAGUGCGGCUACUUGGUCAUGAGCGCGUAUCAGAUCAAGCACGGCUAUCCGACCCGCAUCUUGGAGAACUUUUUGACCAAGCACCCUGGAACGGUCGGCCACUUGCUCUUCAAGGUGUACCGAGUGAUUCCAUUCUUGUCGGAAUUGCGCGCCAUUACAGACUGGACGGCCACCCGCACGACGCUGGGUCUGUACCAGUGGUUUAAGCUGGAGGACAUGAACAACAUUCUGUACAACAACCAGGCUCGCCUUGAUGAGCUCAAGCGGAACCAUCGGCGGCUCGGCGCACAUCGCUCGAGACUGCACAAGUUUGGCGUGGGCGUGCUGGCGAUCUGCGCCAUUGUCUUUAUCAUUUGGCUACCGCUGCUUCUGAUUGCGCUUGUCACGCAGACAUCCGAGUCCAAUUUGCCGACAACCGUGUCUGUGACGUUGGAGAUUAGCGGAUUCGAGCCCUUGUUCACCAUGACCUCGUUGCCGCAAAACACCCGCUCGCUCACCGAUACCGAGCUGCAACACAUCUCGUCCACGUAUGGCGACGACAUUACCAAUUAUGACGCAAAGGAUGUGACGAUCAGCGUGUUUUCGCCCGAGGCACGCAGCGUCUGGACGGUCAGCCCGCCUGGGCGGCUCAGCCUGGUGCAGCAGCUCCAAAACUCCACGACUGACAUGCAGCUGGUCUUCUCUUGGGCGGUGACUCGCGCCAAUGCGGCGUCCCAAGUCGCGUCGCAAACCGUGACUGGCAGCCAGCUUUCGCUUCUCGCGCCCAACUCCACCCUCCGGCUGCAAUUGUACGACAUGCUGGCCGGCAGCGCCACGAACAGCACCAUUACUGCUGCGCGCAUUGACCGGCUCUUCCCCAUGUUUGUCACAGCGAGCGCAUCGGGCGUUGCGUCCGGUUUGACGUCACAGGGAUAUGGAGAUGCAUUUGCUGAUUGCAAUGUGACGAUUUCUCGAGCCAGCUCAUCGAGCUCGUUGCUCAGCGGCCCACCAGACAGCAGCAGCAGCAGCAGCAGCAGCAGCAGCAGCAGCAGCAGCAGCAGCGACGCGCUCCAAUCUUUGCAAGACACAAUCGACAUCGAGGAGUGGUGGUCGCUGCGCGCCAACUCGCCCCCGCCCGUACAGUUUUCGCCCUCCGUUCCGCACAAAUGGAUUUACUUGUUUGUUCUCAACGACAAGACCGCCAAUCCAGAGUUUACCUUCUUGAUGAGCUAUGGCAUUGUGGGCUUGUACGUGGUGGUGAUUACUGUCAUUGGCAAGUUUGUCCGUCUCGCCAUCGACAAUGCCUCGACGAAAAUCAUUUACGAGGAAAUGCCCAACGUGGACCAUCUCAUGUACCUGUGCAAUGACGUUUACUUUGCUCGCGAAACGGGCCACUUUGAUCUGGAAGAGGUUUUAUUUACCGAGCUCGUGACACUGUUCCGCUCGCCCGAACUGCUCCUCAAGUGGACUCAGCCGAGUGGUCUUGAUGAAGCUGAAGAUUCAGCUUUCUAGGCGGUUGGGUGUACAUUGACCUGGAUGUUUUGUUUUUAAAAAAUAUGUUGUUGAAAGGGCUUUUGUUUUGUUGUGUAUUGGUUUUUGUGUUUGUGUGUGUGUGCGUCGUGUUGCCACAGGAUUACAUCUUUUCAAACGU